AUGCUGGUAGGCUCAACAAAGCUGGCGGCCAAUUCUCACAUAGCUGUUGUUGGAGCAGGAGUAGGAGGCCUCUCAUUUAGCUAUUUUCUGGCCAAAUUCAGACCAGAUGUCAAUAUCACGAUUAUAGAUGGUUCCAAAAGGACCGGUGGGUGGAUCAAUUCUGCUACAAUUGAAGACAAAGAGAAGUUACCAAUUCUUAUCGAAAAAGGCCCCCGCACUCUGCGCGGGAAGUCGGAAGGAACUACAUUAAUUGUCGACACACUGAGCUCACUGGACCAGAAAGAAUUUGUCUACUACAUCGAAAAAAACUCUGUGGCAAACCGCAAGUUUUUGGUCGACAAGGAUGAUUCAUUAGUUCAGGUGCCUUCGUCUUUUGGGUCCUUGGUCAAAUUUUUGAGAAAUUCGCUAAGUCGAGAUUUCGUUACUGGUCUUUUGGCAGAACCAUUCCGCAAAUCUCGUAUGUAUCCAUGUGAGGAUGAGAGUGCCUCUGAUUUUAUCAAACGACGGUUUGGAAGUGAACUUGUUGGCAACAACAUUUUCAGCGCCAUAUUCCAUGGUAUUUAUGCCGAUGACAUUAAGCAGUUAAGUGCACAACGAACAUUAGCGCCUCUUUUGGCUCUAGAGGCCAAACAUGGGUCAUUAGUAAAGGGAAUGCUUGGUACCAGCACGAAUGAAAAGAAGUCCGACCUGCCCGAGGCUUUGGCUCAAUAUCAGAAAAGAAUGGGUAAGGAUCUUAAAGAGCUAUCUGAAUUGUACGGCCAGUUGCGCAAGCUUCCAAUGAUUGGUUUACGCAAUGGACUUGAAAGAUUCCCGAAAGCGUUGUAUAUGGCACUGCAGAAAAAUCCAAAAGUUCAGUUUGUUCUUGGUCACCCGGUUUCGCAACUUGAGACAGACGGGAAUGGCAAAUGUCAGAUAUCGCUUGCAGAUGGGCACCAACUGAGGGAGCUCGAGCAUGUCCGGUUAACCAACACGCCAGCAGUCAUGGCUACAAUGACUCGAGACAAGCAGCUUGCGCAACUGCUGCGACAAGUGAAAGCCAAUACCGUUGUGCUUGUAAAUUUCUAUCUCGCCAAAACCGAUCUUCUGGAACAAUACCAUUCUUUUGGGUAUCUUGUUCCGCAAUCGAAUAGCAACAAGGAGCAACUGCUGGGCGUCAUUUUUGACUCGGUGAUAGAGCAGAACUUCAAGCCAUUGGCACCGCAGCAUAGCUCCUACGAUCAGCGUGAGCCCCAGAAAUUUACCAAGUUUACAGCCAUGGUGGGAGGACACUAUCUAAGCAAGCACAGCUUACGAGAAGAGUCUUACUACGUGGAGCAAGUGAAAAGCGCACUACUGCGGCACCUAAAAAUCUCACAGGAUCAGCUAGAUCGCGGAUACUGGGAAGUCACAAUGGCCACUGAUUGUCUUCCGCAGUUUUUCGUCAACUACAACCGGUGGGUGGCUGAAACAAAGACCAAAUUUGCACAAAACUUUGGACCGCGUCUCUCCUUGGGCGGGAUGGCCUUCAGUAAAGGUCCAGGCGUUCCUGACGUCGUUAUGGAUGGCUUCCAAGACGCCGAUGCCCUGUCUGGAUAG